GAUAUUACAAUGGAGCAUGACGUGGUGAUUAGUGAAUACGAGCAUAAUCGCUGUAUAUAUACAGCGAUAAGCCUCAUUCCUUCAUCGAUAGGCCACUCGAUUGCGCGAUUCUUUGCUUCGAUUGUGUGCAUCACUGAUGAUCAAAAUUUUGUUUUUCCAAUUGUAAUAGUUCGCCAAAGUUUGGAUUGACGAGACUCGUUUGAUCUGUAUAUUUUGAUUUUCCGCCAGAUCGAUUCAGUUGGUAGAUCUGAAACGAAAUAAAAUGGAAGUUAUUUGCUUCGAGAAACUGAUGCUUGUCCGGUUCGAAGUGUUGGAAUGAAAAAUGAACGAGUUUGGGACUGGUAAUGGUUCUGUUUGAAGAAAGAUCGGUGCUUCGGUUUUUAUCUGUUUCAAUUCCGUGUGCCUGAGACUUCAUUGAGUGCCUUCGUUAAGAUUUUGUUUUACUAUAUAUCUGUUAAUUUCGACGAGUUCAUGACAUAGACGUUAUACCGAAGCUUUGCUGGAUCUUCAAUUACGUUCUCAGGGAGCCAAGUUGUGAAAUUAUAUCUACUUGCUCAACUGGGAUGUUCAUUUACACGUCUGUCUUUACUAAUGCUGUAGCAUGAUCUAGUUUCAGUAAUUGUGAUAUUUAAUAUCCUUAGAUAUUAGUUCAAAGGGUUAAACCAAGCGGAAACAGUUACAGAUUUACAGGGCAAAACAGCGUGCAGUGUUCUCCCUCUUGAGUAUUUUAUUCUUAGGGUUUUGUAAUUCUUCUCAAGUGUAACUACUCUAUUCUGCCUUGUAUUGAAUGCAUUUUGACACUGUAAUCCUUUUCCAUGAAUUGGGUUUAGAACAAUUGGUUAUGUCUAGAAGUUCCAUGUUUUUCAUGUUGAAGGAUAUGACUGCCUAAUCAGCUUCUGUAUACUCGAUAUAUCUUCCCAUUGGAACAAUAAGAUCCCACAUCUAAUAGUGUGGGACUUUGAAAUUACCUAAUAUGAACCAUUAUAGCAGUUUUUUGAUGUUAUGCCACAUUUUGAAGGAUGUUCUUUUCUUCUGGACUGCAGACUCGGCUACUUACUUGUGACUUGACUUGGAAAAAGGUCUCAAAGGGUUAUAGGACUUCAUAAAGGAGGCUGUGGAACUCAGAUAUAUUUCAUAUAGCUGGUGGAGAACUACUACUCACCAUGUCUUCAAAAGGGUUGGAAAUGCCUGUCUCCGGAUCUGACAAGUUGGAAAUCCCUGUUCUUGGAUGUCGCUUUAGUGAGAAGGCUGAACAUUUACCAAUUAAGAAAAGGAGAUUUGUAUUUAAAACUUCAUCUCCACCUCAUAACACUGCAUCCUCAGAUGUACCUGAAAGUGCUGCUGCAGCAUGUCUUGAUUCUUCAAAUCAGGAGAUCCAACCAAAACCAGCUGCAAGUUGCCCAUCUGCUGAAUCUUUGGCAGUGGCUUCCCUAUGUCAAAAUGGUAGUAUUGAUAAUAAAGUGCAUGGAGAAAAGUUUGCAAAAUCUAGUGAUGAUAUUUGUGGCAUAUCUUUAGGCUCAUAUGGGACAAAGAGUCUUGAACCUCGUGCCACUAUAAAACUUGAACCAAACAGUGUGAACUUGCCCAAUAUUUCUGCUAAAGAAACCGGAUUACAUAUAUCAACAGUUCCACUUAAAAAUGGUGAUUGUUUAUCUCCAGACAAGGCCAGAGUGGAUAAUUCCACCCUAGACAAUCAGUUAACAAGUCAAGGGCAGAAGUCUGCUGUUUGUGAUGAGAGAUUAAACUGGGACUUGAAUACUGUAAUGGCAUGGGAAGAAUCACCAGAAUAUGACCACAAGAUACACACAGCAUACCCUGAGGGAAACAACACCUGUAAGGAAGGAAAUUCUAAAGUGUGUAAGCAAGAACAGGUAUCUGGAAGCACAUCUGAAAACUUAGGCAAUAAAAGUUUAACUAACUUGAGAAGUUUACCUCAUACAAUUCAUGAAAAAGAACCAGAAGAACGCAAACCAAACAGUAAAAAUAUCAACAAACUGUUGUUUCCUGUUAUUCACAGUGCUCCUCCUCAUGUUACAGUCAACAAUAUAAAAUCCUUGCAUGCUCAAAAUCUUGAUAUUUCCAAUAAUGCUGUUCCUAAUAUUGUCAAAGUGGAGCAUCCAACAUGUGAUAUCUCCAAAAAUCAUGUGAAUCUGAAUCACAAGAAUGGUAAUGAUUUUGUAUUUCCUAUGACUGUUAACACAGGCUUUUCAUUGGACUAUUCUCUACCCCCGGGUUUUAAUCCUUCCAUAAACACACGUCCCUUGGAAGAAGAAAACGUUGUUUCAGGGAGUAAUGUGAAUCAUGCUAUUACUUCUCCACUACAAACAACCGAGAAUGAGAAUCUUAAUUUAUCACUUGUCACUGUUGCCUCUCUAGAAAAUGAAGUUCAUCAAAGUGGAACUAGUUUUGAAGAAGAUGAUAAAACUAAGGUCAAAAGAUUAAUUACUAGCAAUUGCAUGACCAUGGAGAAUUUGAUUGACAAAGGGAGUCCAAGGACUCCCCAAGAUGCUUACAAAGCAAUAAACCAGUCUACCAUUGGUUCACUUCUUGCCAUACAAUCAUCAGUGUUACCAGAAGACGAAGAAGGUCAACCUUGUUCUGAUGCUCUUCAAAUGGCAAUGAAGCCUGAAAAGUCAGCAUCAACUCCACCAUCUGUAAGUUAUAGCAAAGAAGCAUGCCAGGUGGGUGUGGACAAUGGUAUUGAGAAUUUUCCUAGUGACAUUCAAGGAAGUGAGGUUGAUAAUGUAGAGGAAUUCUCAGUGGGAUAUGAUUCUCAAUUUGAAGAUGGAGAAGUGAGGGGGGAAUCAAGCAUACAGACAUGGGAAGGAUCCGGAUCUGGAUCUGGAUCCGAGGGUGACAACAGAGAAAACGAACAUGAACACAAUUCCCAAUGUGUAGCACCAGAAAGCUCUUCAAGAAUAAGAUCCAACACUGAUAUCGCCUCCUCUCAAAAGGGAGCAGAUGAAAUUUCCAUUUCCAGUGUAGUUUUGGCAGAACAGGUAUCUAAUUCUACUGAACCAAACGAGACAAAUACAAGAGAAGUUAGCAUGAAGGAUGAAAGUGAAUCAGAUCAAUGGAAGAUGAAUGUAUCAGGAUCUGAGGAUUACAAUGUUGCCAAGAUGAAAGACAUGUCAAGUAUAAAGUUGUAUAAUAAAAGAGAAACAUCAACACCAACAACAACAACAACAGCACGUGAUGUGUUUAUUAACAGGGGUAGUAGAUUCCGUAUGCAAGGCCACUACAGUUCAAACAAUGGAGGUGAUGAUUCGGCUUCAAGAUCUAGAGAACCCGGGGUAGUAAGAUCGUCAUCCUUUAGACGAGGUGGUAAUAACAGAAAAUACUCUCCGCAUGUCCGUGCUAGUAACCGUGGAGGUGCGACAUGGAAUCGUUCCCCAGGAAGGGACAACAACCGGGAACCACCUUUGCCUUUCUUCCGCGAUGUCGACACUUUAACAACAAACGAAGUUUGUCAAAACGAUGAUGUCAUCAUCCGACCCGGUGCUCCGUAUCGCCAAUCUUUCAGACCCAGAUUAGUAGGAAACCAAGAGGAAGAUGAUUUUCGUGCGCGUUUGGGAUUACGUCCAGCUGGCGACACACACUUUGUGGGCCGGGGAAGAUCUUUGAGAUAUAAUCCGAGAGGCGGGGGCCCCAGGGUACGUUACAGUGGACCCGCAAACGACGGAUACAAUGAACAGUUGGAAUAUUCACAUAGUUUUAAAAGGCGGUGCUAUUCUCCAACAGAAAGGAGAGAGAAUCAGAAUCAGAAUCAUCUGUGUGGGCAUCACCAUUCUGGUUCUACAUCUCCUCCAAGAUCAUGUACUCGUAGUAGAUCGCCUAGAAUUCGAAGGCCGAGAUCACCCGAUUUCCGUUUUGAAGAAGUAGAUGGAGGAUAUAAUAAUAAUGAUAACAACUCGCCUCCGGGUAGUAGUACUAAUACCAGAUGGGUGAAAUACAAACAACGAACUACUGUUUUUAACAGAUCACCUCCUCCUCCUCCUCCUCCAAUUGGGGAGAGGUUAAGUUUUUAUGAUUCUUCAAGAAAAACAAAGCAGAAUGAGAAUUACAGAUCUGGGCAUCCUGGAAGAUUUUCUGAUGUGAUGGAUCAUCAUCAUGGGUAUAGGCGGGGUGGGUUUGUUAGACGGAAUGAAAUGGGUAGGCCUUUGAAACAUAAUAAUGAGUAUGAUGAGGAAGAUGGUUAUGCUCCAGUCCAAGGUAUGGACUUCCAUGGGAGAGGAAACCCUAAACCUUAUAGUAAUGGACCUGACACUAGGUUUCGUGACCUUCCAAGACGGGCUAGAGAAGAGAGAGAGAAUUGGUGAGAGGUAACCAAACAUCACAGGUCACCACCAAUCGCCACCCAAUGGAGAGAGAGGGAGGGGGGGUAAAGAGAAUGAUGAUGUGUCCAUCAAUGGAUGGAAGCUUCUAGAAGAGAGAACAGAGGUGUGGUUGGAAAAAAGUGAUGGAACUUUGAAAGGUUGUCUAUACUCUAUAUAUAUAGAAGAGACUAUUUCGAUUAUGUUAUGUGAAUCAGUCUCUCUCCCUUGACAAAGUUGAGACAGAAAGUUAGAAAUGCUGCUAAAGUUCAUCACCGAUAUAUGAUCCACUUAGGGUGCUUUUAUGGGGGUUCUUAAUGGGUUGUAACCAAGGCUUGUUUUCUUGUUUGAGUGCUGUAUGGAUAAAUGAUAUAUACGAAGAAGAUAAGUUUUCUUGUUAAGUGUUGAAUGGAAAGAGAAGUUAGAACUUAAAAGGAAACACAUCGGUAAAGCAUCUCAAAAGUCAAAUCCAUUCUCAAAACCCUUUUUUACAUUGGGUAUUUUUUUUUCAAGCUCCUAAAAAGCUUUAACAAUAUAUAUAUAUAUAUAUAUAUAUAUAUAUAUAUAUAUAUAUAUAUAUAU